AUGGCAGAGAAGACCGUACGUUUACCUGAUUCACGGGAUGUAAACAGAUCAUGGAGAAGGAUUUCUACUGGAAGACUCAGUUUUUUAUACAGUGAAGAGAAAAUCCUUCCUAAUUAUCUCAAAUCAACAACUGGUUCUUGUCAUGAUGUCUGCAAAUACGGAAGAAAACAUGAAGAAUCUGAAAAGAAACCAAGAGUUUCACCUCUCAAAAGAGUUAGCAGAAGCUUUUCUGGUACUCUUAACUUGGAUUCACCUUUGAGGAAGAAGAAGGCAUUAACCAAAUCUACCUUGAAUCCUUCUUCCGUUGUUGGCUCUGAUCAUCAUGCCAAGAGCCAAGUUGGAAACUCUUCUAGUGGAGCUUGUAAGAAGAUGAAAGCAGAGAGAAGAGAGAAAAAGGCGGUAUCUUUGUCAGAAACUCGGUUAGUUGAUUCGACUAAGCGAAAGAAGAAGACGGUCUCACAGUCUUUCAAAACGUUUGGUGUGUCACUAGGAAGAGCUUAUUCAAGAUCUAAAGAGAUGGUUGAACAUAACAGGCAUGUCACUGCUUUGAAGCUGAAAUCUGUUGCACAAACCGCAGCGAUUGCUCUUCGACGCAGUACUAGAAAGAAGACUAAUGGCGGGUCUAAAACCACAGAACCAAAGAAAACAAGUGUGUCUACAAGAGCCUCAAUGUCCCCGAAACGCUGUUCUCGAUGCUUGAAGGCGAAAAAGGACAGUAGUAGUAUGACUGUUCCGCUAAGCAAAACCCGAAAACACGUAGACGAGAAGUGCAGCGACUUGGUUGAAGAGAAAACUCUCUAUGUUAUUAAGAUGGAAACAGGGAAUGAGAUUGUUGAAUCCGAUCAAAACCAACCGUGUGUCAUGGAUUCACCUAUCGAUGAUCGAAAGAGCGAAAAGAGCCAAGAAGAAUCUGAGUGUAUAAUAAGAACACAACAAGGCAAGGAAAAAGCAAAUCCCUCUCAACAGAAUCCACCAUGA